AUGUCUCUUCCUAAACUUAAAAAAGGGGAUAAAAUAGGAGAUUAUGUUUUACAAGAUUUCCUUGGUAAUGGUAGUUUUGGAAUUGUAAAUUGUAUAAUUAUGUUAGGUUUUUAAAGCUUACUCUAAAAAAUAUGGGACUGUAGCAUUAAAAGCUAUGCUAAAAAUAAGAUUAAAAGAGCAUAACGGAUUUUUAGGAUAAUUGGUUAAUAAUGAAAGAACAGCAUUGGAAUUACUAAAAUCUGAUCAUGUAAUUAGACUACAUGAAUAUUUUGAUACAUUAGAUUAUACCGUAUUUAUUUUAGAAUAUUGUGAUGGUAAAUAUGACUAUUUAUUUUCAAAGGUGGUACUUUAGAAGAUUAUUGGAAAAAAAAUGAUUUAGUUAUCCCUUAAUUUCAAGCAUUAAUUUUCUUUAAAUAAUUGUUGAAAGGUAUGAAGGCUUUACAUAAAUAAAAAAUUAUUCAUAGAGAUUUAAAAAUGGCUAAUAUAUUAUUACAUGGAGAAAUAUUAAAAAUAGCUGAUCUUGGUUUCUGCCAUUUAUUAUAAGAUUAAGUCUAUAUUAUUUUAUAUCUAUUAGGAUGGAUUGGCUGUUGGUAAUUUAGGUUCAAAUGGAACUAUGGCACCAGAAACUAUAGAAGGAAAACCAUAUGGUUUACAAGCAGAUAUGUUUGCAGUAGGAGUAAUUUUAUAUCAAAUGAUAUUUUCUUAAUUUCCUUUUAAUUCUUUUGAUAAAACGACAUUCCUUAAAGCAGUUAAAGAACAAAGUACAAUAAAGAAAAUUUUUAAUAUUAGAUCCUCCAAAAUUUAAGUUAAAGUCUAAAGUAAUUGUUGACAAAAACAUAUGUGAUUUAUUAUCAAAUAUGCUUAAAUAUGAUCCAAAAUAGCGAUUAAAAUGGAGUGAUUUAUUUAGUAAUUCAAUUUUUAUGGGAUAAAGUUCAAGUAUAUAUUUUAUAUUAAGUUAAGUGAGCAUAAUUAAAGAUCAUACUUAAUAUUUGACUGAUAUCGAUCCACAUAAAAGCAAAUUAUUUUAUUAAAAAGCAGAAGCAAAUGAAAAACAAUAUGAAACCUUGAAUCCAAUAAAUGAUGAAUAACUUUAAAACGAAAUACAUAAAACUAAUGAUAAAUUUUAGGAAUUACUAAAUUAAUCAAAAAAAAAUUCCAAAAAAUCAAAAAUUAAUAAUUUAAAUCAAUAAACUAAUCAUUAAUUAAAUGAUAAAUAUUUACAAUCUGAUAUUCUGCAUUAAGAAGAACACAAAAUAGAUUAAGAAGAAACAGAAAUUAUCAAUAAAUAUAUCAAAGCUAAAUAACCUAUAAGUUAUUUAAGUAUAAUUUAUAAUGAUAUGAAAUAAUUUCAACAUAAAAAAAUCUUUGAUUGCAUAUUUGUUAGCUACAUUUUAAUAAAGCAAAUAUAUUUCUCACAUUAUAGAUUAAGGGCUUAAAUUAAAGAAAAUAAAUUAUAUUCUUAAUUGAUUAAAAAAUAAACUUUUAAAACCUUCAUGAGGGAAUUUGAAGAGGAAAAUGAAUUACUUUCUACACACUUAGCAAUAGAAUUUUAGACUGUUUAGUAUUGAUUAUAUCUAAAUUAGAGCUAAUUUUAAAAAUCUUGAAAAGUAUCUUAGUCCCAAUUGGAUUUGUGAAGUGUAUGAACUUUCUUAAACUGAAAAAUUUUAAGAAAUUUAUAAAGAAGUAUUAAGAAACUAUUUUAAUAUUAUUGCAAAAGAAGAACUAUAAAAAGAAGGGAAGCCUAAUCCUGAACGUUUAAGAUAUAUUGCACUUGUGACCAAUAUCUUAGAUUACUAAGAAUUAAUUUAAAUUAAUGAUAUUGAUAAAGGAAUAGCUGGAAUAAAAAUGAGGGAGAUAAAUGAAUUAAUUAAAUUCAUUUAACAUUCUAUUAAAUGA